AUGAGUUUGGACCGUAUCAAAGAAAAGUUUGAAUCCAUAAAGCGAGAAGGACGGCCGGGUCUGAUCGUCUAUCUGACUACAGGAUUUCCGGACCUCGAAGCAACCCUGGAAUUGGUACCUGCUUUGGCUGAGGCCGGUGCAGACGGGAUCGAACUAUCAAUACCCUUCAGCGACCCCUUGGCGGACGGUCCGGUCAUCCAGGAGUCCAGCUACCACGCUCUGCAACGCGGGGUAACUCCUGACGACUGCCUUGAGUUAGUGUCAAAGGUUCGGGGAAAAGUGCCGGACACUCCUCUUAUUUUGAUGACAUAUUACAACCCGGUGCACUCCUAUGGGCUGGAGCAAUUUGCUCAACGGUUGAUGGAGUGCGGUAUUGACGGGGUCAUUCCAGUGGACGUUCCCGCCGAAGAGGCUGGCCCGCUAUACGAACAAUGCGCUCCCAGGGGCAUACAUAUCGUCCCUUUGUUGGCGCCCACCAGUACUGAUAAGAGUAUCAAGACUGCGGUCAGCAUGAGUUCCGGGUUCAUCUACUGCGUAAGUGUGACCGGAAUCACCGGCACCCGUGAUCAGGUAUCUCAGCGAGGCCUUGGCCUGUUGCAGCGGGUGAGACAAUUUACUUCGCUGCCCCUGGCAGUGGGAUUCGGGAUUUCUCGACGGGAACAUGUUGAAACCGUUUGCCAGGAAGCCGAAGCGGCAGCGGUGGGUAGCGCCCUUAUAAGGACAAUGCUCGAAUCACCACGAAAUGAAGUGGUUGAGCGGUCAAGUAAGCUGGUAGCUGAUCUGGCGGGCAGAAGUUGGCCGCCGUCCGAAGGAAGGGAAUUAUGA